AGGACGCCGGAAUUCGAGGCUGAGUCCAGCCCUAGUGUAAGCAGCCGGCUCGCUUGCUCGGUUCCUCAUUUGCAGUUCUCGCUGUGAACAGCCAGCAGGAUGAGCGGUAAAGACAGCAGUCCUCAGGAGAAAUACAAGCUGGUCGUAGUGGGAGGCGGUGGGGUCGGCAAGAGUGCUCUCACUAUUCAGUUCAUCCAGUCUUAUUUUGUAUCCGAUUAUGACCCAACCAUUGAGGAUUCCUACACCAAGCAAUGUGUCAUUGAUGACCGGGCAGCGAGACUGGACAUUUUGGACACUGCUGGUCAAGAAGAAUUUGGAGCAAUGAGGGAGCAGUAUAUGCGUUCGGGUGAAGGAUUUCUCCUUGUCUUUGCCAUCAAUGAUCGGGGAAGUUUUGAUGAAAUCAGUAAGUUUCACCGUCAGAUUCUCCGUGUCAAGGAUCGGGACGAAUUUCCCAUGAUUCUCAUCGGGAACAAGGCUGACCUUGAGCAUCAGCGACAGGUCACGAAAGAGGAGGCUGAGAGUCUUGCAAGGCAGCUGAAGGUAACCUACCUGGAGGCCUCUGCAAAAAUCCGAUUGAAUGUAGACAACGCGUUUCACAGCCUGGUGCGGGCCAUACGGAAAUUUCAGGAGUUGGAGGGUCCACCUAGCCCACAACCCAAGCCCUCGAAAGAGUCCAACGGCUGUCCCUGUACUCUCCUGUGACGUUCCCCCUCCUCUGUCUUCGCCGGGAGUUGGGUUCCCUCUGUGAAUCUGGUCCCCUCCCUCCUCCCCUCCACAACAUAACUGACUUCACUCGCCCCUCUCUUUUCCUGACCACUGUGGAACCACCGUGAAGACUUUUGCCAUCCGCACCUUCACCACCACCUCGUCAGAUGGCUGCCGCUCCGUCAAGGAACUGAGGAACUUGUUGCUGGAGUUAGUUUAUUGUCUUCCUUAAACCUUUCACGAAUUUCUAUCUCUGGGUGGGGGG